UUUGUGGUAAAAAAAAAAAAAAAGCCUGAAACGUGAAAUAAUCAAAUACGGUUCCAUCAUCUCGAUUUGGAUAACAAAGCAACAGAACGCUGAUAACGCAGAGGCGGUUGUUCUUGGUUGGUGCGAAGGGGGAAAAAAAUAGAAGAUGGUGUUCUACUUCAAAGCCCGCCCAGAUGCAGGCGAUUACACCAUCUUUAUGGGCCUCGACAAGUUCGAGAACGAGGAGCUCAUCAAAUAUGGAUUUCCCGAAGAUAUCUGGUUCCAUGUGGAUAAAAUGUCUUCUGCCCAUGUUUAUGUAAGACUGCACAAGGGUCAGACUAUAGAUGAUAUAAGUGAAGGUUUACUUGAGGAUUGCGCCCAGCUUGUCAAAGCAAAUUCCAUUCAAGGCAACAAGGUAAAUAAUGUUGAUGUUGUAUAUACACCUUGGGCCAAUUUAAAGAAAACUGCUUCCAUGGACGUCGGCCAAGUUGGUUUCCACAAUCCAAAGAUGGUUCGGACUGUGAGGGUAGAGAAGCGGAUAAAUGAGAUUGUCAAUAGAUUAAACAAGACAAAAGUUGAAAGAAAGCCUGAUUUGAAAGCCGAGCGAGAAGCAGUGGGCGCAGCUGAAAGAGCAGAGCGGAAGGUUCAGCAGAGAGAUAAAAAACGUCGUGAAGAAAUGGACAGGCUUGCAAAGGAGAGGCAAGCAGAGAUACGAAGUUACAAGGGUUUAAUGGUAUCUGAGAAUAUGACAUCAAACAAAGAGAUUGCUUCGGGAAACAAGUCCUUGCAGGAAUUGGAAGAGGACUUCAUGUGAGUGACUGGGUGUCUGUCUGUGUGGUUCUCAUUAUCUCAUGUUCAGUAAAAUACUCCAUGGCACCCCUCUUAUGGAAGGGGCUUGUCGUUCAUUUACAUGGCCUUUCAAGUCAUUUUCCUCUUGAACAAAUUACCUUUUUCAAAGCUGUGAUUUAUGUUUAUUGUGAUGUGGGUGAUUGAAAGAAAAUCUGUACCCGGUGUUUAGAAAGAUACUUGGGAGUUGUCUUCAUUUAAGUUUUGGUUAUUUUGGUUGGGA